AUGGCCGAACCAAAGCGGCUUUCGCUUCUAAGUGAAACCGUCUUCGAAAGCAAAGCUUCCAGCGGCUUUCCCUUGAGCUGUCCCACACUCGACUUAUCAACCACGUGGGAUGCCCCGGGUAAAGCCCUGUUUAUAAUCCGCCCACCAGCUCAAACUGUGUCCAAAAUACAUCAAGCUGGGAUACCGGGAACUGAGGCGCCAGAGGUAACCAGUGCAACGUGGAAGCCAGACGGCCACUUUCUUGCCGUAGGGUGGAGUGAUGGCGUCGUUCGAUUGAUGGGACUGGAUAAUACCAAGGUUGCCCAUCAUAUUCCCGUUUGUGCCCAUGGAGGGGAUGCGGCACCGAGGAUUUCGCACAUUGGCUGGGCCAUCUGCAGUCUUGGAAACAAAAUGGCCAGAGAUCUACCGUCACGCGCCAGGGAGACCAUGGCGCAGGAGUCCCUGCAUCAUGAGGACCGGAUGCCUCCUCUUAACUUGCCCCAGGAACUUGGUUUUCUCGAGGUCGACACGGCUCUACCCAAAGUCAGCCCCUUGCCGACCGGUAGCGCCGGUAUAGGUCAAGAUGCAACCGUCUUCACGACUCGAGCCGGAAUAGAUUUUUUAUUCCCGUUGCCAAAGACCCAGGAUUUCGGCCAGGUACAUCUCAUGGUUGUGGGAACCGAUGACGGCGACCUCCAACUCAAUCUCUAUGAUUCUUUUCUCAUUGGGACGUUUCCAAACCCCGUUUCGGACUCAGCACCAAAAUCUCGCAUGAUUUCUCACGCCUUCCAUCCUCAGCUACCCACGCACACGCUCAUAUUCGCCGAAGAAGAAGCAGAACCGCAAACUCUGCACUUGGUCCCAAUGGACUUGUCUUUUAUCUCGUCAUCGGCCAUCAAUCUUUCUCUCCUAGGAACCAAGCUGACCACCCUGCAAAAACUGCUGAAAUAUGUCAGGCAAGCACAACAGCACAUGCAAACCGAGUGGAAAGGUACGCGGGACCUGCCCAGCCGGUUUCUCCGCAAUGUACAAGGCGAUCUUGAAAAACUACACAGUGGUCCUCGCGGCAUUGUUCCUGCGUUGUAUCACACCGUAGUCACUGGCCAUGCCUAUGAGCCUCUUCGAGAGUGGCUAGUAGACAGCUUAGCCGAGAGAGGGCACAAACGGUGGGACAAGGCUGUUGUUUCUGGGCUGGAGAACCUGCGCGGUCUAAUUCACGAGAAUUUCUUGCCAGCACUAGAUCGGUGCGCUAUUAUCCUGAGCAGAUUGCGUGGACUAGCUCAGUUUCACGACGAUAGAGAUGACAUUGGCUUUUCAGUGACCCAAAUCAGCAGGACUCUUGACAUCAUCGGCUGUCUGAGUUUUGUGGGCCACGAGAUAUUAUCCGUUGUAAUGGACGAACUGGAGCACUUCAAGGCCUUUUCAACCUGGCUACGUUUCCAGAUCGAUCGAUUUGCCUCCUCCACCACUGCGGCUGACGAAUUAACAGAAAAAGAAGCCACAAUAGACACUUCCAAGGUGCUCAGAUACAUACAGAGAUUUCUGACCAACAGUCCUCUGGAUAUAUUCUUCAGCCAUGUCUCAAAGGAGGACUGGCAGGCUGACUGGGAUUACAUCGAGGAUGGCGUCAGCCUGCUCCCCAUCCUCGAUUCCCAGCUGAGGAAACAGGAGAGUGAGCAAGCGUCGAGAAAGGCUCUACAACGCUUGGACUUUCUAGUCUCGUAUGCGACUUCUUGGGGAAAUAGGAUAUUUGACGGUAUUGCCGAAGCCAAGAAGCGAAGCGUUCGGUUUGGCAAGCCUGUGAAGCUGUCCAUCAACCAGCCCAUUACCGCGAUGGAUAUAAGACUAUGCCAAAAACAAGAGAAUCGAGGUGUCUCAUAUGUGGCCAUUGCAUCGAAAGCAGCAGACGACAGAGUACAUAUUUUUCGAACUGCCAUGGACAUAACGAACGGCAUCAGCACCAACCAUCCCACCAUGUCAGUGUGCGUCAGCCUCACGAAUCGAAAGCUCAUUGACGUCAAGUUUCUCAACGAUGAAACCUUGGUUCUCCUAUGCAGCAACGACAACAAAACUAUUAGUGUGGUUCUCCUGUCCACAGAGGCUGAACAUCUCCAUUACCUGGCGUACGACGAAAGCAAACCUCAAGAUAUCCAUGCGAUUCAGAGGAGCGACUUGACAGAGCUGGUGCUUCCUCCGGAAUACGUGUCACGUCCCGUAAAAAUGCAAGUCCACGACAAGACAGCGUUGCAUGGAGCGCUUCCUGCCAGAAUAUAUCUUCUGGCGGGGAAUAGGAUGACCUGGCGUGCAUUCACCCUUCCUGAAUAA